AUGAAACCACUGUGGAUGUUUGUCCUAUCUCUGAACGUAAUAACUCCAGCCCAAUCUGUGGAUGUUUCCCGACCAUCAUUUGUCUCAGUGAAGUCUGGAGUAUAUGUUAGUCUUAGGUGCCCAUUUGGAGACAAUCAUAGGACUGAAAGUGUGAUUUGGUACAAACAAAGAUUUGGAGAGAUGCCUCAAAAAGUCGGAGAAAGAUUAGCAUAUAAGGAAGUCAAGUUUUCCCCAGAGUUCAAGACGUCAGGAUUUAAAAUGGAGACGACUAAUAAUGGCAUUUCCCUGAUAAUUCCACAUAUAAAUAAAGAUCAUGGAGGACUUUACUACUGUGUAAAAUCAUUUAACUUGGAGAACGUUACACUAUCCAACGGAACUUUCUUGGCUGUGACAGGUGAUGGAGAUGUAAAAGUGUCAGUGUUACAGAGCAGUGUGUUGGACUCGGUUCCUGCAGGAGCGUCAGUGACUCUGCAGUGCUCGGUUCUCUCUGAGAGCAGAGCAGCAGAUCUCCAAGUGCUCUGGUUCAGAGCUGCUCCAUCACAAUCCCAUCCUCAAAUCAUUUACACUCAUCACAACAGCAGCCAUCAGUGUGAGAGCAGAUCUUCUACACACACCUGUGUGUACAGCUUCUCCAAGAACAUCCUCAGCCUCAAUGAUACUGGCACUUACUACUGCGCUGUGGCCGUGUGUGGGAAGAUCAUUUUUGGGAACGGGACACAAGUAGGGCUGGAGAACUCUGGUUGGUGA